AUGCGGUUUCCCCAUAUUCAAAUCGACGCGCCUUACCUGCAGGACAUCUCAUCGCACAAAUUGAGAUUCAAGAUGUGGAACGAGGGUAUGUCGUUUUCGUCACAAAGUUCCAAGUCGCUGGCGGAGUCGACGCUACAAAAGUUCCUUCUGGGGAUAGUGCCCGUCGAGGCGGUGCAAGCUGGAAAAGCACGCUCCCAAUCAAAAGCUCAGUCCGUGAAUAAUCAACUAAAGACCAGAGCACUUUCGGCCGAUGAAGUCAGAAGGCUCCAAAAGAAGGCCAAGUUGAAGCAACAACGCAAAUUGAAGAAACAGCAGGAAGAAGCCAAGAAGGUCAAUAAGUUGGCUAAGCAUCAGAUCAUCAAAUCGCAUAAAGAGAAUAAUGAAUUAACGGUAGAGGAAGAAAAGUACUUGAACAAGAUCGUUAAGCGGAACGCAAAUUCACUUUCACGUCUUUCGGAAAUCGAAGACUACGAACUCAAAUCCGAGCUCGAAUCUCUACAAGAAGAAAUCUUGGCAGCACAACGAAAAUCCAACAAGAAAACAAAGCAAAAACUGAAGAAGGACUUCAAUGAAAAAUUGAAACGUGGAAAAAUAUCGUAUCCUGGUUUGACACCGGGAUUGGCUCCGGUUGGCUUGGACGACGACGACGAAGACAGUGAUUAG